ACCCACGCAGUCUUUGAGGUCUCAGUAAGGGAAGAUUUGGCUGCUCGGGGACCCCCUCCUUUCUCCCUGCAGACAGGCAAAGGGGGACGAAGAUUGUUUUUGUGGAAAACGCAACUUGAGUUUUUAAGCAGCACUUGAAUUGCUGCAAUGAAACCUAAAGUACCUGCAGUGAAGCGGAGGCAUCCCAAGAGCCAGGAGCUCCCACCACAUCCAGCCAUCUCCCCCGGAACCUGAGUGAAGUUGACCCCCCCACAACACGACCACACUGGGCAUCACCGGUGGACAAUAUCACGUCUUCUGCAAUCAGGACUGAACCACAGCAUAUCGUGACUUCUGCCUGCUGGUACCGUGUACUGACCCAUGUGAGGUCCGGGAUAGCCAUGUCCUCUGGUAUACCCUGCCUGUCCUGCUGUCUGCUGCCCCUUCUUCUCCUAUUACCCCGGGCCGGGGCCAACUGUCCAGACAACUGUAAAUGUGAACAGGAGAUCAGCUACAGCAUUACCUGCAGGAAUCGCUCCAGUGUGCCUGAACUGCCAGGGAAUACGGAGAUAUUGAGACUGGUGGAGACCAGAAUCGCUGUUAUUCCCAGAGGAGCCUUUUCCACCAUUCCCAACAUCACUCGGAUUUUCAUUACUUUGGAUACUGAGCUGAGGAAGCUGGAGGCCGGAGCUUUUCAGGGACUCUCCAAAAUCAGCCAGAUAGAAAUGAGGAGCCUGAUGAAUCUGAAAUGUAUAGAAGCUCGGGCAUUCCAGAACCUUCCUUCUCUCAAUUACUUAGUCAUUUUAAAUACUGGACUCUCCGACUUCCCAGAUUUUUCCAGAAUUCAGUCCUUGGCCAUCACCAUGUUUGUUGAGAUUGCCGAUAAUCCCAAUAUGGCAUCCGUUCCAGCCAAUGCGUUCCAGGGACUGAGCAACGGUUUUCUGACCUUAAAACUCUACAACAACGGAUUCACCGAGCUGAACAAAUUUGCGUUCAAUGGCACCAACCUAACAACUGUGGACUUGCACAAUAAUCAACAGUUGGGAGGACUUCACGAAGAGAUCUUAACGGGUGUUCUGAACGGCCCCAUAACGCUGGACAUCUCAAGGACAGCUGUCUCCUCGCUCCCCUCCAAAGGUCUGGAGAACCUACAACACCUAUUGGCCACAAAUACCUGGUACCUGAAGAAACUCCCCCCACUGAACACCUUUGUCCACCUGGAGAUAGCUGACCUGUUUUACCCCAGCCACUGCUGUGCCUUCACCAACUGGACCAAGAAGAAGAGUGAUAUGGAGGCUUUGCUAUGCAACCGGACAUUUGUGCAGAACACCCAAAAGAAGCGUUCUUUGAGGGCCUACACAGGCAUCGGUCCAUACUUCCAAGACUACAUGGAUGGAGAUUCUGACCAGACUGAGAAUAACAAAUUCACAGACUUUCACAGCAGCAGGCACUACUCUGUCUUCUAUGAGGACCAGGGAGAAGAAGAGGUGGGCUUUGGGCAGGGGAUAAAGAAUGUCCAGGAGCAUAAUACACAAGGUUUCGAGAAUCAUUAUGAGUAUAUUAUCUGCGGAGGCAGUGAGUUGGUGUGUACUCCGGAACCUGACGCGUUCAACCCGUGUGAGGACAUCAUGGGAUACAACUUCUUGCGGAUCAUAGUGUGGUUUGUCAAUCUCUUGGCCAUUUUGGGCAAUGCGUUUGUCUUGUUCAUUCUGGUCACAAGCCAUUACAAGCUGACCGUGCCCAGAUUUCUUAUGUGUAACUUGGCUUUUGCUGACUUAGUCAUGGGCAUCUACCUUCUCCUCAUAGCCUCAGAGGACCUCCACACCCGCUCUGAAUACUACAACUACGCCAUUAACUGGCAGACAGGAGCAGGCUGUAACACAGCAGGGUUCUUUACUGUCUUUGCUAGCGAGCUUUCAGUCUACACCCUGACGGUGAUAACUUUAGAGCGCUGGUAUGCAAUAACGUUUGCCAUGCGCUUGGAUCGCAAGAUUCGCCUCAGACAUGCAUCAUUCAUUAUGCUGGGUGGGUGGGCCUUCUGCUUUUUUCUGGCUUUUCUGCCAUUGGUUGGGAUUAGCAGCUAUGUGAAGGUCAGCAUCUGCUUACCGAUGGACACAGAAACAGUGUUGUCCCAAGCCUACAUCAUUUUUGUUUUAAUGCUCAACAUCAUAGCAUUCAUUAUAAUCUGUGCUUGCUACAUCAAGAUCUAUAUCACCGUACGAAACCCCCACUACAAAUCGGGAGACAAAGACACGAAAAUUGCAAAGCGUAUGGCAGUUCUCAUCUUCACAGACUUCCUCUGCAUGGCGCCAAUUUCCUUCUAUGCUUUGUCUGCCAUAAUGAACAAGCCGCUCAUCACAGUAUCCAACUCUAAGAUACUUCUGGUGCUCUUCUACCCUCUUAACUCCUGUGCCAACCCUUUCCUGUAUGCCAUCUUUACCAAGGCCUUCCGAAGAGAUGUCUUCAUUCUUCUCAGCAAGAUCGGCAUCUGUGAACACCAAGCCCAAGUGUAUCGUGGACAGACUGUGUCGGCAAAAAACAGCAGUGGGUCUUAUGGUCAAAAAAGCAGUGGCAGUACCGGACAGACUCUGGCCAAUGUUCCUGUCUUCCUUAGGAAAGAGCAGUCUUUACCGGGAACUCAGACGGCCCUACUCGAAGGCAGCUGCCAGACCGUGCUGUAAAAAAAAAAAAAAAAAAACUGUUGCAGUAACCAGUACUAAUUUCAAGUACUGGUUUAGGGUUUCAAGAUGAGACGUUCCAUGUGAGGACUAGGCAUCUUAGAGACAUAGGUUUAGGUACAAAUGGACAUAUAAUAAAAUUAUGGAUUGCAAGGUAUUCUGUUUAGGGGCAUUCACAGUAAUAUACUUUAUUGGGAAUACACUGUUUGGGUUUGUGCUUUGGCAAUGCUUUAGUGGGCUUUACGACAAUUUUUGAGAAUGAAUCAACAAGGGUCCAAUCACCAGAUACCCUAUGCAGAAAAACUAAAUGUUAUAGCCUCAAAUUAUGCUGAGAGGUGGAAAUUGAGGACACGAUACUUUCUGUAAAUAUUCAUUAUAGCUUCACAGAAACCGUCUUACUAAAAAUAAACCUUUUCCAUUUGUU